UCAUUCAUUCAUUCAUUCAUUCAUUCAUUCAUUUGAUUCGAUAUCCGUUUAAUCUGGUAUAUCUCGUAGUAAUUGUAGUUUCCAGCGAUUUCAUGAAUUCUCGAUAUAAAAAAAUAUGAGUUGAAAAAAUAAUAUACAUAAGCUUAACUUAUCACUAUCAAAUGAGUUUUGCAGAUGCCUUUCAAAAGUAUAUCAAAUCUCCUGAAAAGUUCCCAUCUAUAAUCAAAUAUCAUGAUGACAACGUUAUUAUCAUACGAGAUUUAUUUCCUAAAUCAGUAUGCCAUUAUUUAGUUAUUCCUCGUUCCAAUGAAAUAACUCAUAUUCAUCCACUAGACGCGUUCUAUAAAGAUUAUUCCAACAUAACAGGUCAAGAGUUAUAUGAUCUAAUGGAGACCUAUGUAACCAAAGCUAAAGAUCUCAUAAUUGAGGAUUUAAAAGGAAUGUUUAAUAAGUGUGAAUUAAAUAACUUAAAGCUUCAAGAGUUUAAGAAUAGUUUUAUUAAAGUUGGUGUCCAUUCAAUACCAUCAUUACGAAAUUUACACAUCCAUGUCAUUACUAGUGAUUUUGAAUCACCCAGUAUGAAACAUAAAAAGCAUUAUAACUCGUUCAAUACCGACUUUUUUGUUGGGUUUGAUAAGCUUAACCCCAUGUUAAAUAAAAGAUAUCAAACCAUAGUUAGCAGAUCGGGACCAGCAGGAGGAGAAGAAGAUUAUGCGUCAGAUUCAACAAACUCAGAAGAUGAUAAUAUUUACGAUGAUUAUGGAGAUGACCAAAUUGAGUAUGUGAGCCAUAUUAGGAAUGAGGGCAUGUUAAUGAAUAUUAUCAAACAAUCACCCCUUAAAUGUCAGUCGUGUGGUAAAUCUUUCGGAAACAAAUUUCAAGAGCUUAAGAAGCAUUUACACGAGGAAUAUCUUACUAAAUACGGUCAAUUUGAUAACUUUGAUCAUGAUAACAUAGUACAAUACUAUGAAGACAGACCUCGUUGAUUAUACAUAACUACUAUAUAUCGAUAUAAUUACAUACAUCAUAAAUGUUUAAUUCUAGUUUACCCCACCAUUCCCUUAUAUACCCCAAAAUAGAAUCAAAAAAAGUGGGACCCCCCAAAUUUUUGAUGGGCGUACUCAGAAAAAAAAAAUAUUGCAAAAAUCCUAAAUCAGUUAUAGCCGCUUCGAAGAUUUCAAAGUAGUGUUCUACCGAUGACUACACUAUAAAUAGUCUACCAUAGCAACCAUUUCUUAAAUCCUAUUUUCUGAUGAUUCAAGGAUCAAAUAUUUUCCGUAAUCUAAUGUGUAGCUGAGGGGAUCGACACUCAUAACCCUAGCAGUAAUUUUAUCUUAACAAUAGAAGUCAAUAUAUUGACAUUAGUCAUACUCGAGAUAGAUU